GUUAAAGUCAAAAAGCAGAUCAAGACUAUCGUGAAGGAUUUGGAGACCAUACUGGGAGACUUGAGGGAUGUAGCCAAGGAACUCAAAGAGGUUGUGCAUGAGAUCGACUCCCUCACGUGUGACCUACAGCUGGAGGAGGAGAUGACAGACAGUUCCAAGACAGACACCCUGAACAGCAGCUCUAGCAGCACCACCACCACCACCACAACCUCCAGCAUCGACAAGAUCAAGAUCGCCAUCUUUAGGCCCCCGUCUGUCAGCCACGCCAUCCUGACCGUGAUGAAGAAGCCCCACCCUCCGCUGCCCCCUCCCAGGCUGACACCUAUCAAAGCAGAGGAGCAUAACAAGAACCCACUAUCAGGGAGCCUACUAGCCAAGGCUAACGGGACUCUUAUGCGUAAUGGUGUUUUCCCAGGGAAGCCAAACAGAGACUUAUCGUGCUGCAUCUCUAAUAGUACAAAGGAAGAGAGAGGACUUAUGCCAAUGCCUUUGCUACGGCAUGAAAAGACCAAAUGCCCCCAGGCAACCCGGGAGAGGGUCCGAUUCAGUGAAAAGGUCCAGUAUCACGGGUACUGCCCUGACUGUGACCUGCAAUAUGACGUUGACAACACAGAUAUGCACUUACAGACAGAAUUUACUGAUGACAUGAGCCCUGUCCAUCAGUGUUCCUCCUCCUCACCACCAUCCCAGCUCAUGUUAGAAAAUGGCGGCCUCAGUGUCAGCCAUAGUUUCCCUCCUACAAAAAUGCCUUGUGUGCCUCAUUCUAACCCUUCCCUGAAACCACAGAAAACCAUCCUUCGAAAAUCAACCACCACAACGGUUUGA